AUGGUGAGGACACCAUGUUGCAAAGAAGAGGGAAUAAAGAAAGGAGCUUGGACUCCUGAGGAAGAUCAAAAGCUUAUUGCUUAUCUUCAACUUCAUGGUGAAGGUGGAUGGCGAACUCUCCCCCAAAAAGCUGGACUGAAGAGAUGCGGGAAGAGUUGUAGAUUGAGAUGGUCGAAUUAUUUAAGACCCGAUAUUAAGAGAGGAGAGUUUAGUCCUGAAGAAGACGACACUAUCAUCAAACUUCAUACACUUUAUGGUAACAAGUGGGCCGCAAUAGCCGCUAGUUUGGAGGGAAGAACUGACAACGAUAUAAAAAAUUAUUGGAACACAAAUCUCAAGAAGCGUUUAAAACAAAAAGGUCUCAAUCCUAUCACUCAUCAUCCGAUCAACUCAACCGAUCAAACCGCUUUCGAACCCCCUAAACCGGUUGGUUCAUCCGGUUCCGCGAGGCUUAUUAACCGCGUCGCAAGCAAAUACGCCGUCGCUUCAAACCGGGACCUACUAACCGAAAUCAUCAUCAGAAACUCCACAUUCAUCGCCAAUGAUUCACAAAACCCCGGCCAUAUCGAUUCUCCGACAGCAAACUCGACCAACAAAAUGGCGGCAGAAUCAAGCGCUCUCACAUCUAUUCUGAUCAACACUACGUCGCCUUCUUCCGCAUUUUCCGAAAACUGUUCUUUCUACGAUGAUUUCACCGAUUUCUUUAGCAACCAAGAGAUGUCCGAUAUGUAUAAGAAUGUCGAUAGUUUCGAGUUUAUGGAGGAGUUAAAAGGUAUUUUAAGCUACGGCAAUGCUGGCGCUGGAGAUAUAUAUUAG